CCGGGAUAAGUUGGGAAAUUUAUUCUUUCCCCCAUUUUGUGAAAGACCCGCAAGCCUCUUCAACUUGCAGAAGGAAGUGAAUUAAUGGGCGCGGAGGUGGAUCAAGCAGAGAACCGUACCCAACUGGAAGCAACGUCGGAUAUUGUUGAUGCGUUGCUUGAGGCUGCUAGAUAUGAUGAUAUUGAUGACAUUAGAAGCUUAGCAUCUGAAGGGGUUUCUCUGGAUUCCAAGGAUUCACUGGGCCGAACAGCACUUCAUAUGGCUGCUGCAAAUGGGAAUCUUGAUAUUGUGGAGUAUCUUAUCAGCCAAGGAGUGGAUCUCAAUGCCUCUAAUGAGGAGAAGAAUACACCUCUCCACUGGGCUUGCCUCAAUGGUUGUAUUGAGGUGGUUAAGAAAUUGAUUCUUGCUGGAGCAAGUUUAAGCACUCUAAACUGCCAUGAACGGACUCCAAUAGAUGAAGCUGUUAGUCAAGGAAAAAUGGAGAUUGUUGAUGCAAUCAAUGCAUCUGUAGCACAACUGGAGCUUGCUGGUGUUCAGGUUUCAUAACACAGGAAGUUCAAGAUAACUCACAGGUUGAUACUUCUACAGCUACAGGUGUUACAAGCUUAUAGUUCAAUUAUUUGGCUUUACAACUGUAUUUGAUGCCCUUUAUUUUGGGGUCAAGGCUUGCAAUUCGUAAUUUAUUAGUUAUUUAGCUUUGGUCCAUCAAAUUUUCAAUAUGAUUUAUGUAGGAUGUCAAAGAAGGCUGUUUCUUUUCUUGACCUGAUGGUUUUGUGAAGCAUCUUGAAUUAUGCUUGAAACUAACCUAGUGAUGCAAAAUGGAAGAAUAAAGAUAGAGAUCCUGAGUCUUCAGUCUCUCAGGAUUCAUCUAUGUGAACUUAGUCCUAUAUAUUGGCUAUGUAAUUUAGAGUGAAGGCGGAACUGUUACCCUUUGAAAUAACAACCGUCUGAUGAGAUGCAUAUGUAUGAGAGAAUCAUUAAUUUUAUGUUGCUUCGGAUGGGAAUUCUCAUUCUUUUUGAAUAA